UUUGACGUAAAUGAACGGUCCAGGCGAUUUACCCUUACAACACUACAGUGGAACGCCCGACGCCAAUAAUUGCAGUAUCAUAUCGAUAAUACCCACGCUAGGCAUGUCAUCAUGUAGAGGUCGGGCUGAGGCAUUUGCACGCCGUUUGUCAUCAAAGUUGCGCACGUUAGGCUCACAGGCUGACGACAGCGAAAACUCUGGUGAUGAACAACCCAUUAUCAAUGGAGAACCCAAAAACACUUGGGUAUCCGGACACGAUGGUGGCCAAACAGUCACAGAUUUACAACCCCUGAGACAUGAAUCGGAUUCAUUUUUCGAUUUCGAUUGUGAACUGGAAAGUCCUGGCAGUCCUGUGGAUGAAUGUGAAUAUUUAAGACUCAUCGAAUCGACUUCAAAUACUCCACACAAUUCGGCAGCAGAGUCAGGAUAUGCUUGUGCCUCGGCCGCCAGUUCUCAUAGUUCCUCAGAUGGUCCGUAUUUCGAUGUAAAUUCGGAAAGUGAAUCAAGUCAACAACAGAAAGCUCAUCUCUGUCAGCCACAUCAGAAGGAGGGCACUGACGAGGUGGACUUCCCCCGGGCCAAAGCCAUCAAUGAUGGAAUCGCCUUGCCUGUCUGUAAUGGUCAUGCCUGUGAACUGUUUACCAAACCUUUGAAAAUUCCAACCGGCAAUGAGGAAGGAAAACCCCAACAUACAUACAAGGAUGUGUCGAAACCACUGCCUAGUGAAGGUCCGGAUAUUGAGAAAAAUCACACAGUCCAAGAAAAUAAAAAUCUGCAAGAGGAAAUUUUAAAGGAACUACAACAGCAAUCACAGAAUGUUACGGAACAUGAAAAAGAUGAGAAGGACACAACCAGCAGCACCACCGCAGCACAGGAAACAUCAGAGCCAAAUACAGAACAGCAGGCUGUAGAGCAGCACAUCCUUGUCAAUGGUCAUGCAGAGAAUGGUGAAGAGGUUUUGAAAAUCGAAAUUUGUCAAGAAGAAACAACUGCGGAAGACACCAAAGAACCCACAGUGAGCCAAGAGGUCAGUGCGGAGGGCACAGAAACACAGAGUGAGACCAUUGACACACAGAAACAACUUUUGAACAGCUCACACUUGGACACAACAGACGACGAGGAAGAUUGUCGACCACAACGAGUAAAACGCUGUUCCUCCCUGAAAACCGGCAAAACACCACCCGGUACACCGGGCCGCAAGAAAAUUGUACGCUUUGCCGAUGUCCUCGGUCUAGAUUUGGCCGAUGUUAAAACGUUCCUCAAUGAAAUACCAAAUAUACCCAAGUCCGCCUUUGAAGAUUUGGAAAUCAAUGAAAAUGAACCGCCCAUACAGUUGGGUCCCAAGACCGAUAAACUUCUGAUGCCUCUGUUCCAGCAACCGGGUGGCCUACCCAAUUUCCUUGACAUUGUCAAGGACAAACAGGUGUCGCUGGAGAAUGCCGCCGUCACCGAUCACAUCAAUCACACAAUUACCGGCAGCGUGCGCGUGCGAAAUUUGGACUUUCACAAAUCCGUACACAUACGUUAUACCCUGGAUAAUUGGCGUAGCUAUGCUGAUCUACAGGCAAAUUAUGUAGAAAACACCUGUGAUGGCUUCUCCGAUAAAUUCUCCUUUGUGCUGUUCGGCAAUUCGCUGCAUGUUGGCCAGCGUUUGGAAUUUGCCGUACGUUUCCAGUGUAAGGGCCAACAGUAUUGGGAUAAUAAUUAUGGUUCGAAUUAUUGUUUCCAAUGUUUGCCAACAUCGACGCCGACAAUAACACCGCCGGCAAUGCCGUCACAUCACACGAAUAACAGUCAUUUGGUGGGGAUAUUGAGUCCAGUAGCUGGAGAUGCCUGGUGCACUUCGUUCUAUUGA